AUGACGAUGAGCAGAGUUUAUAUUGGCAAUUUGUCUUCCCGUGUUACCGACCGAGAGCUUGAACAUUUCUUUAGAGGAUUUGGAAAAAUACGUGAUGUAAUGUUAAAAAACGGAUUUGGAUUUGUGGAAUUUGACGACUACCGUGAUGCUGAAGACGCUGUGUAUGAACUAAAUGGACGUGAACUUUGUGGACAUAGAGUUGUUGUGGAAAUUUCUCAUCGUUAGUUUCCAUUUUUUGAAUUAUUUUUAAGGGGGUAUAGAAUUUGUUGAGGUCUUUGUGGUGUAAGUU